UGUGAUUUUCCUGUUGCCUCUUGGCACUGUCUAGGGGAUGGGCCUCAGCUCCUGGAGCCCCAGAGAGCUGCGCUAGGCCCCUGGCAACACCCACCUCCUCAAAGCCAUGAGGCAGGAGUGUUCUCCUUAUGUGACUAGGCACAAGCUCCAAGUGGGGAGGGGACUGGCUCAGCAUCCGGAGCCAAAACAGGAAUAGAACUGGGAGCAGAGCCUGGAGCAGUUCUGGGCUUUUGGUUCUCCGCGUCAACACAGCCAGCAUGCCCAUGAUUUCUGUGCUGGGCAAAAUGUUUCUGUGGCAGCGUGAAGGGCCUGGAGGCCGAUGGACUUGUCAGACCAGUCGCAGAGUGGCCUCGGACCCCGCGUGGGCUGUGGAGUGGAUUGAACUGCCGCGGGGCCUCUCUCUGUCCUCCUUGGGAUCUUCUCGGACCCUCCGAGGCUGGAGCCGGUCCUCGCGCCCUUCCUCCGUGGACAGCCAGGACUUGCCAGAGGUGAAUGUUGGAGACACAGUCGCGAUGCUGCCCAAGUCCCGGAGAGCCCUCACUAUCCAGGAGAUUGCUGCGCUGGCCAGAUCCUCCCUGCAUGGCAUCUCCCAGGUGGUAAAGGAUCAUGUGACAAAGCCUACUGCAAUGGCCCAAGGCCGAGUGGCUCACCUCAUUGAGUGGAAGGGCUGGAGCAAGCCAAGCGAUUCACCUGCUGCCCUAGAAUCUGCCUUUUCCUCUUACUCGGACCUCAGUGAGGGUGAACAAGAGGCUCGCUUUGCAGCAGGAGUAGCUGAGCAGUUUGCCAUUGCAGAAGCCAAGCUCCGGGCAUGGUCUUCAGUGGAUGGUGAGGACUCCACUGAUGACUCCUAUGAUGAGGAUUUUGCUGGGGGAACUGACACAGACAUGGCUGGGCAGCUGCCCUUUGGGCCCCACCUCCAGGACCUGUUCUCUGGCCGCCGAUUCUCCCGGCCUGUGCGUCAGGGUUCCGUGGAGCCCGAGAGCGACUGCUCGCAGACCGUGUCCCCAGACACCCUGUGCUCUAGUCUCUGCAGCCUGGAGGAUGGGCUGCUGGGAUCCCCAGCCCGGCUGGCUUCCCAGCUGCUGGGUGAUGAGCUGUUCCUUGCCCAACUGCCCCCCAGCCAGGAAAGUGCCUUCCGCAGCCUGGGCCCCUUGGAGGCCCAGGACUCACCCUACAACUCGCCCCUCACGGAGUCCUGCCUUUCUGCAGCCACCGAGGAGGAGCCAGACCCCUGCAAGGACUGCCAGCCGCACUGCCCGCCGGCCAUGGGCAGCUGGGAACGGCAGCGGCAAGCCUCCGAGGUGGCCUCCUCUGGGGGAGUGUCCUUAGAGGAGGAUGAGGUGGAGCCGGAGGAACAGUGACCCAGAUGGCAUGCUGGAUGGUGGCCCUGGUCCCCCGGCCGCUGCCGAGGGGGCAGAGCCUCUACGUCCCAGCGUGGGCCUGGGGCUCUCAGCAGCAGCUGGCUCCACAGCGGGAGCACUUACUUCUCUGUUGUCGUUGUGUGUUUUGCAUGAAAGUGUUUGGAGAGGAGGCAAGGGCCAGGCUUUUGGGGGGCGCAUGUCCUGCUCCCUAUUUGGGGGGGUUUGCCGGGGGUUGCCCGGGACCCCUGGAGCAUAGCUACAGCUAUGGCAGGCAGUGAUGUUCAUGUUCUUAAAUCAACAGCGCCACACACACACAUUUCCUCCUUGAAUGAUGUGAACCCCUAAGGGACUUACUGUGACUGUGCUGUGUGGGGGUGGCGUGGGAGGGAGCCUGGCUACCGCCUCCACGCGCCCUGUGCCUCUCUUUUCUGCUUCUCACCUCCAAGUCCAUGUGCAGUGCUUGAUAGACUCACCCCCACUUCAGGGGAGGGGGAAAUGUCCCCCGGGACCCCCUGCUCAGCUGGGGCUCCCUCUGCCCUGUCCCCAUGCCGUGCUUCCUUUCCCCAUCAGCUCUAAAUCUUCUUUUUCCCCCGUGAAGCCAGGGCUGUGGGUCUGUUCUUUCAGUGUGGGGGAGGGGGAGUCUUCUUGGGGAGGCAUCGGGACGCUGUAUGAAUGCCAUGUGUCCACCACCUUUUCCCUGGCUGCCCCGGUCAGCCUGGGUUCAGUUGCUGGGAUGUGGGAAUGUGGUGCAACCAGCAUUUUCCAUAAGGUGGAGCCAGGGAUGGCUCUGGUGGCCACUGGGCUGUAGCUUCUGUGUUAUUCCAAGGAUGGCCACGAGGGGGACUCCAGGUUAGCCAGGCCAUAGUUGGAUGCCCUCCGUGGAGCUGGAGAUGACUCUCCCUGGGGAUGGGAGAGGGUAGUGCCUUCUUUGGCUGAGUGGCCAAAGCUAUGGUGCUGGGAGCCCGCUCCCAAGCCAGGGUGUUAAUGACCAAGCAGGGGCAGACCCAGUGUUCAAGGACACCAGACUCCUGGUUUUUAUGGCUGAGGGGAGGGGUGGUACGGCUGGAGAAUUACGUUAGCAGAUAAGAGGGCCC